UGGCUAUGCAAAUAUCGGAAGGUGAUGACGACGACCUCUACUACGACGCUGCUUCAGAAGAUGAUUUUGAAGCUGAGGACGAGUCUGACAGCGAUAUUGACGAGGUUUAAUAUUCUUUUCGUUUGUGACCAUUCCUCGGAUUAUGACCUUGCUCUACUUAUUAGGAUGAAAUCAUAAACUGGGAUGAAGAAUUUCGUCCACCCGUGCAUAAUUUCCAAGGUCCAGAUGAUCAAAUAAAGGAUGAUUUUCGCCACCACUUUGGAACAUCUCUAGACAUUCUCAGAAAAUUCAUUGAUGACUCCAUGGUCGAAAAGAUAGCUGUGGAGUCGAACAGAUACGCUGAGCAAGUGAAGCGAACCUCUCCCCGUGCAUUUAUUGGUUGGACCCCAGUCACUGCUGCUGAUAUCUGGCGCUUUCUAUCUCUUAUUUUGGCCAUGACGCUUGUUAAAAAAUCAUCUUAUAAAGAAUACUGGUCCACAGACCCCUUAGUUUCGACCACAUUUUUUCCUUCUGUCAUGAGUCGAGAUAGGUAAUCUUAUAUAAAUAUGUACAUAUCAAUAUAUGCAUUUAUCACACAUUUUUCAUUCUGUACUAGAUUUAUAUCCAUUUUUCCAUAUCAAGGCAAGAGCACGCAGAUAACUGACCGCUCGUGGAUUUCUCUUGUUGGAUUCGGGGGAGCCGCCGUUCUGACUCUUUUGCAGCCAUACUUAGAUGCUGGUCGUCGCAUCAUAAUCGAUAACUGGUUCCACAGCCUCAAAUUAGCAAGGAUGUUGAAAGAUCGUCUCACGUAUGUUUUGGGGACUGUACAAAAAAGACGGAAAGGAAUUCCAAGAGGUGCAAGGAUGACUCGAAAACUCAGAAAAGGAGAGGUUGAAACCUUUAGUGAUGGAGACGUUUUGAUAGAAAGAUGGCAGGACAGGCGGGAAGUGCUUAUCCUCAACUCUUUCAUGCCCCAUGGAAUGACCGAAUGGCCCUCCACCAACCCCAACAACCAACGAAUGAAGCCAGAUACAGUUUUACUCUACAACAAGACCAUGGGUGGGGUGGACAAUGUCGACAAAACGAUAAAACCCAACCAAAGUCUCCGCAAGUCAUACAAGUGGUAUAAAAAGGUCGCAUUUUAUUUGGUCGAGCUCUCGGUAUAUAAUUCAAUGAUUAUGUACAAUACGACCCAAAACGAUCAAGUUGGAUUCCGCCGUCUUAAUUACGAAGCGUUCGUCAAAUCAAUAAUCCACAACAUUCUCACGAAGUUCCCCGUAGCACGGAAGCCAAGAGGAAGACCUUCCCAAAGCCGUGUCUCAGUACCCUUAGCGAAUAUGCAUAUUACAGAACGAGUUAUGAAAGAAAACGGUUACCCAAGCAAAUCCGAUUGUUUCCACUGCAAAACAAAAUUGGGGAAGAGGACGAUUACGCAGUUCAAGUGCCUUGCUUGCGAGAAACGUUUGUGCAUUGGUAGCAGCGUCUUCAACUGUUUCAAAUUUUAUCAUGACGAAAUGUUGCAGUUAUCGCAGCAGCAGGUAUCGCAGCAAGUAGUGCCACUAGCGGAUCGCAACGAGUCACAGAACACUGGACAAAAUUCACCACGUUACGAUUACAAUAACUUGUUUGAAAUAUAUAAUGCAUCCCAAAAUCAUGAUAGUAAUGUCAUCAAUGAUGAUGAUUUACUGUUCGUUUAGUUAAUUGUUGUACUACUAUGAAAAUCAAAUCCC